CACCAUUACGAGACAAUGGGAUGACAUUGAGAAUGCAACCAACGGUGGAAUAUAAUUAUGUUAACACGCAAUUACUGUGGCUAAACUGUUGGAGCAAUCUUACAAAGAUUCCAGAUCAUUCUAAUUGUUGCUUCUGAAAUUAUUGUGUUAAAAGAUCUUUAGUUGGUUAUUUAUAAUCGUAUGUAGUGGCUUGUUGAUAUAAUACCAAUAUUUGCAAGUUAGGCCUCCCCGAAUGUGUACCAGAAUCCUUCCGAUUUCUUUAGUGAAGAAAAUCUACGUUUCAAUGAGGUAGGACAACUAAUGACGAAUGCAAUAAAGACUAAUCGUGAUUUAAGUUGGGCAGCGGUAUUCAUGUCGUUGUCUGAGUUUCAAUAAUCGCUUCAUAUUAGAUGUUCCGUUUUUAGCUAAUAAUAAUAAAUUGUAAGCAAUGUGUUAUAGGCCUUAAGAAAUUUGAAAAAAAAAGUGUUAGCCGUUUAAAUUUUGUAAUCGUUAACAAUAUAAACUUAAUAUAGGCAGAUGGUCUAGUGCCUUUCAGACAAUAUCAGACCAUUGAAAUUUGUUACAAUCAUACAGGGACGACUUUAUUAAUAAAACCCGUUAAAACUAAAUAAAUUGGUAGUAAAUGUUUAUUGAGUAUCUUCAAGACACGUUCCGUUGGAUACAAGACGAAGCGUAAAAUGUGUUCGUAAAAAUCUGACGUCAGUUCUAGAAGUGUGCAACCUCCGCCUUCAUCGGACCGGUUUGUGUCUACAACAUUUACAUACCAAAUAACGCAGGUCAAAAGUUUGAAACGAGCUUUAUAUUCACAAAGCGAUUUCAAGAAGCUCUUUCAAACAUGGUAUGUUUGUGUUUUAAUCUAAAUUUGCCAUGAAUUUUGUCGUCAGACGACUAUUUAUUUAUACAAUAUAAAAUUUAACGACCCAAUAGAUAUUUGAGUCACAAAAACUAUCAGUUGAAUUAUUAAAUUAUCCUUAAUUCGUGUUCAAUCCAAUACAUGUUUAAAUUCGUUUGAUUCAGUACUGUGUGUAAAUGUAGAAUAAAAAAAGCGACAACUCAAUUGUAAAAAGACUUUAUAAACACUAAUGUUCACACGUAUUCGUCACUUUUGUCGAAAAGUGAAAUUCAAAUCAAAUUAGUACGGUUUUUGUGGAUUCGCUCUGGAGACCACGGAAGGUUACUACUGUUUCUAUAAUACAAAAGCACAAGUCAAUCGCCGUGGGUUAUAAAUUAAGCAAAAACGGGGAAGCAUUCUAAUAAUUUUGAAAGCUGUUUUAAUACUUUUGAAUUUAACGUUUCUCGUACGACAAGACAGGUUAAGCGACAUAUUUGCACGUCUCAAAAUGCAUCAAGUGAGUCAUGAUAUCUAAUAAAAUAUGCGGCAUUAUGCGGUUGUAUUCUUUCAAUGCAAUGCCGUGACCAAUUCAGGUGAACAGUAAAGUAAUUGUUACAAUAGAGAAAUAUAUUUAAUUUAUUCAGGAUACACCGUGAAAUACGACAGUAUCUCGUAGUAUAUAUCUACCAAUUUUCGCAUCGAGGUCAUCUAUUUUCGAAUCCUCGGUAAAGACGUUCAGAUUAUACAGUCGGUCACUCCUAGAACUUGCGUUAUUAAACAUCUAAAAUUAUUGUAUAUCAUUUACAAAAGCAUAGUACCUAUUUAACUACAUAGUAUAAAAUAGAUUUAUUUGUUACCCAUCAAAGUUUUCAUUCACUUUAGUACAAAAAUGAGUUUCUUAUCACAAAUUGAAAGUAAAGAAUCAAUGUUUUUGUUAUUUUUAUUUGCUGGAACACUAUUAAGCCCAGUUACCUCUGGUACUGAAUCAUCUGUAAGCUUAACGGAAACAACGCUUCCGUCAAUUGUCAACAAUCAAGGAGACAAUGGUACGUUAGAGUGUCAUAAAAUCUGUGGGUGUGACAGAGCUUAUAUCUAUGAUGAGACGAAAAAAGAAUGUGUUUUGAAUAACAGUUACAUCCUGCAGACGACUCUGGCUCAAAGCAGUGAAGAUAGGUCCGUCACCAAUUACAAUCAAGAUCACGAUAUGGCUAACGACGAAGGAAUGGCAAAGCAAAUUUUUAUUGAAGCCGAAAAGUUCUUUCGUAGUAUUAUCAUAUCAGCUCUACUAUUUGCUGGCUGCGCCAGCAUCUGUGUUCUCAGCGCUAGUUUCUACUGCUGCCAUAUAAAUUACAGUGAUCGAAAAAUGGAGAGGGAGUUGAAGGCUCUAGCGAAAAAGUUGAAUACGAAAUAUCAUUCUAAAAAGUCGAUUCGUAGGUCGCCACUUGAGCCUAUUGAAGAAAGCUGUAACGUUGUAGUAGAAGACGCCGGUGUAUUUGUUGUCUGUCUACAAGUGACCCCUGGGUGGUGCAAAACGGGAGCCGAAUACAUAAUCGGUGGUAGGACUUGUCCGACUGGCUGGCGACCACCCUCCAACUAG